AUGCAACAGAGCCCCAUCACCGCCUUCUUCAAGAAGGACCCAGGGUCGAGCGGCUCUCGCAGUGAAGACCAACGACCAGACAGCGACCGACAGGGACGCAGACCUGGACCCUACCACUCUCGUGGCGGCAGCUCCACCCCCAGCACGCGCGGCCAGCAUCGCGGUGGCAAAUCAGCACGCAACAGGGAGCUCAAGAAAGUAGCACAGGAGACCAAGGACGUCCUUCCAGCUGCACUCAAAUCGCUGCCUGGCUUCGGGGCUGAUGUGUCUGCCGUCUACGACCUGGAUGCACUCGCUCCGCUGGACCCCGCAGACUGUCCAGGAUAUGUCCUCCCCGCUGGCGACGAGGAUGCUGGCAGCACAGGAACCAGAAUACGCGUGCUGGAUCAGGACUCGCUCGAUGCUGCAAUUGAGCUCCAGCCAGCGUACAAAGCUCAGCGCCAUUUGAGCACCCUUCCCGCAGCGACAUCUGGCCCAUAUGACAGCGAACGUGAAGCCUCGUCGUCCACAGAGGACGACGAGAUGGACCUGGACGGCCAUCCAGUCGCCCAACCCCAGCCCCAGCCCACGGCUCCUUCGUGGGACCUGUCCGCAAGACCCCCUCAGAAAGCCGAACCUGCAAAACUGUCCCAGAAAACCACGGCUUCUAAGCCAACCCCAAAGGCCAAAACGUACACCAUCCCACCCUUCUCCCGCCUCACCCCAUCCCCCGUCCUCGUCCUCAACCUCGCCUCCGAGCGACACCCAGGCGGCGGCUGGCAAACCGGCGCCAUGGCCCAAGAAGAAUCGCUCUGCUACCGGUCUUCGCUCUACCGCUCACUCCACCGCGCAUUCUACCCGCUGCCCUCGCUGAGCGUAAUCUACACGCCCUCGGUGCUGAUCAUCCGCGCCGCCACGACAGCCGGACACACGCUCUACCCGGACAAGGCUCUCGAUUUGCCCGUGGCCUCUGUGCUCAGCGUCGCUGCACUCCGACACCCCACGCUGACCGCCGACGGCGCUCGGUUCGCGGACCCAGCUCAGCACGCAGAAACAAAGCGCAAGAUCAGGGUCUCUCUGCGCCUGGCUGCGCGCAUGGGACACGGCAGACUCGUGCUCGGCGCGCUGGGGUGCGGUGUCUUUGCGAACCCGCCGACGGACGUGGCGCAGUGCUUCCUGCAGGUCUUCUGCGAGCCCGAGUUCCAGGGCGGGUGGUGGGAGGACGUGGUCUUUGCGGUCAUGGACAACAAGAGCGGUGGAGAGAGCGGCAAGGACGGGCGUGGGAACUACGGGCACUUUCAUCGCGCGCUGCAUGGCCGCGUCGUGUGA